UUCCACCAGAGAGGACUUGGUGACAUUCCUUCCGUCUUCUUGUGAUUAUUGUAGGUGUUUUCAUCAUUAUUAUUACAAGAGCAGAGAGAUGGUUUGGACUGAGGAGUGCAAACAUUUCAGUUGAGAGUUAACUUGGACCUUGAAAGCUCUGCAAUGGUUAAGGAUUGAGGUUGAAGACAGACAUGAAAUUCCUCACACUGGUAUUGUCUUUCCAUCUUUGAGUGAUCUGAAAUCAACAACCCCACACCAGCUGGCCACCAUGAAUGCUUCUUUCCUACCACCCACCAACAAAACCCCACUCUGCUACUCCAUCAACAGCCCUCCAUUCAAUUACACACCUACCAUUGCCUCAAUCCACUACUCAGCUAUUUUCAGCACCUUAGGUUUCACCUCCAACCUCAUCGCCUUCAUAGUUCUUGUCAAGUCUUUUCGGCGGGUACGUUCAGGUUCACGAUCCUUCUUCCUUAUCUUCCUUGGUGGCCUGGUGAUCACUGACUCCAUGGGUCUUCUGGUCACCGGCACCAUUGUGGUCUCCUUCUAUGUCACACACUUUAAUUGGCGCCAGUUAGACCCAAACUGCCACUUCUGCAACUUCAUGGGCAUGUCCAUGGUGUUCUACGGACUGUGCCCACUGCUGCUGGGUGCUACCAUGGCUGUCGAGCGAUUCAUUGGCAUCAACCUUCCAUUUGUACGCUCUUGCAGCAAGACUAAGGGCCGGUCAGUCUCCAUGGUGCUGAUGGUGUGGUUGUUUGCUGGAUGCAUUGCUUUGCUGCCUCUAAUAGGUGUUGGGAGCUACCACAUGCAGAUGCCCGGCUCCUGGUGUUUUUUCAACAUCAGCUAUGAGGGAAAUGACAAGUUCUUCUCCCUGAUCUUCUCACUGGUUGGGUUGACGAGCAUUACUGUGUCAUUUUUACUGAACACCGUGAGCGUGGUGACCCUGAUCAAGGUAUGCUGUGGACCAGCCAGGACCCAGCGUCGCCGAGAUCAUGAAGUGGAGAUGAUGGUGCAACUUAUUCUGAUCAUGGUCAUUGCUUCUAUCUGCUGGUGCCCCCUCUUGGUCUUCAUUGCAAAAACUGUGUUGUCCAGCGAACGUGUCCAGAUCAGACUCCUACUGCUAGGGAUACGCUUCGCAACCUGGAACCAGAUCCUGGACCCCUGGGUAUACAUCCUGUGUCGUAGGGCAGUUCUCCAGAGAAUCUACCCCCGCGUUAACUGGUCCAGGGGCUCCAUCAUGACCUUGUACCCAUCUUUCAGCGACACCGUUCGCAGGUUCACGCGCUCUUCACUUGGGAGCACCCUGGGCUCAGAUGAAACCGCAGAGACUGAGAAAGCAGAUGUAACAUCCCCAUCUAUCUUGAGCCCACCUCCUUCUUCUCCAUAAUUGGUUAGAUUUGGGAUUUGAGUUGAGACUGAGUGAUGCCAUUAAGGUUUUCUGUGUGUGUUCCACUCUCUGACUUUUCCUGAUGACUGUGACUGGGAUAAGUAGCAAGAUUGCACCUAAAAUCUGAAAGAAUAAAACACUGUUAUGCUAUUGAAUACAACUGAAAUGUCAAGCACUGUCUGAUUGGACACUUACCAGGAAAAACAUACAGUCUCUUAAUAAAAACACUUCGGAUUUGGGCUCAAAAAUGUAUGAAUGUAUUUGGGAAGUUUAUUAUUCAAGUAAAGAAUGAGAACAAGAAAUCAAAAUCCUAUUGUAGCUGAGGGAAGAACAAAGUGGGCUCAACAGGACAAGAGGCCUUUAAGGGUUAGGAACUGAAACAGCCUGCAGAGGUUUAACUCAGGGGCUGU